AUGGAUGAUUCACGGUUUAAUGACAUAUUUAAUGGGGAUUUCGAUGGCAAUUAUGAUAAUGUAAUGAACCGCAUUGUAGACCACAUUAAUUAUCCUAGUUGUGAAGGUAGUGGUGCCUCAUUUUCUGGUGCUGGAGAUGACAGUGAUGGAAACGACGCUGACGAUAGUAACGAUGACAGUGAUGAUGACGGUGACGGUGACGAUGACAGGAUGCGUUGGUUGACAGAAGUUUUAAGAGGUCAUUGGAAACGAAGUGUUAACAUGUUCAGGAUGGACGCAACCACUUUGUUGAGUCUAUGCACUGAAUUAGAAACGCACCAUGGCUUAAAACCGUCAAGAAGAAUGAGCGUUAUUGAAAAGGUGGCAAUGUUUCUAUUUACAAUAGCAGUUGGGGCGUCAAAUAGACAAGUGCAGGAACGAUUUCAGCAUUCAGGUGAAACUAUUAGUAGAUGUUUUAAAGAAGUGCUUAAAUCAUUACGUUUGUUUGCUGUGGAAAUCAUAAAACCAGUAGAUCCACAAUUUACGAGCAUACCAAGAGAAAUUGCUAUGAAUCCAAGAUUUAUGCCACAUUUCAAGAAUUGUGUCGGUGCAAUUGAUGGAACACAUGUUCGUGCCUACAUACCAUCUGCAAAUCAAAUUCCAUAUAUUGGAAGAAAAGGAUGGGAAGGCAGUGCCCACGAUACGCGUAUUUUUCUUGAGGCUAUUGACAAUAGCAAUAUCAAAUUUCCAAAACCUCCAGAAGGAAAAUACUAUUUGGUUGAUGCUGGAUAUCCAAACGAGUAUGGGUAUUUAGGUCCCUACAAAGACGAGAGGUAUCACUUCCAAGAAUUUAGGCGGCGUGGACAACCAAGUGGUCGGAAAGAAGUGUUUAAUCGUGCACACUCGUCACUACGUAACGUGAUCGAACGUUCUUUUGGGGUAUGGAAACAGAGGUGGAAAAUUUUGCAAAACAUGUCUGCUUAUCCGUACAAAACACAAGUUGAGAUUGUAGUUGCAUCAAUGGCACUACAUAACUAUAUUAGAAGGAGAUCGCAAGAUGAUGCAGUUUUUUCUGAGUAUGAUCGCAACCCCAAUUUAAUUUCAGAUGACUUUUUACCUGAUAUUGUUCAGGCUUCGGCCGUUCAAGGCUCACAAAGGCCUUCAUAUAUGGAUUUUGUACGCGAUGGAAUUGCAAAUAGUUUGAUGGAACAAUAA